AUGCUUCGUCAGGUGUUGUGUCGCGGCCUCUGCCAGACUCUCUCACAUCAGGGCCUCAGUAGUCGCAGAGGCGGCUCCACUCUGGAUUGGAAUGGAAAAGUGUCUGAGAUCAAGAAGAAGAUUCAGUCAGCCCUGCCUGGAAGGGCCUGGGAUCCACUGUAUGACACCAGCCACCUUCCCCCUGAGCACACAGAUGUGGUGAUUGUGGGAGGUGGGGUGCUUGGCUUGUCAGUGGCUUAUUGGCUGAAGAAGUUGGAGAAGCAGCGUGGUGCCAUUCGGGUGCUGGUGGUGGAGCGUGACUGCACGUAUUCACAGGCUUCGACCACGCUUUCUGUCGGAGGAAUUCGUCAACAGUUCUCGUUGCCAGAGAACAUCCAGCUCUCCCUCUUCUCCGUCAACUUUCUACGGAACAUCAAUGAGUACCUGGCCGUAGUCGAUGGUCCUCCCUUGAAUCUGCAGUUCAACCCCUCAGGGUACCUUUUCCUGGCUUCAGAAGCAGAUGCUGCCAUCAUGGAGAGUGGUGUCAAAGUACAGAGGCAGGAGGGAGCUAAGGUCUGUCUGAUGUCUCCUGAGCAGCUUCGGAACAAGUUUCCCUGGAUAAACACAGAGGGAGUGGCAUUGGCAUCUUACGGGUUGGAGGGUGAAGGCUGGUUUGACCCCUGGUGUUUGCUACUUGGACUUAGGCGAAAAGUCCAGUCCAUGGGAGUCCUCUUCUGCCAGGGAGAGGUCACACGUGUCAUCUACUCGGCCAACUGCAUGGAGAACAUAGGUGGGGAAGAAGUAAUUUUGAAAAGAAUUCAUGAAGUCCAUGUAAAGAUGGACCACAGCCUGGAGUACCAGCCUGUGGAGUGUGCCAUUGUCAUAAAUGCAGCUGGAGCCUGGUCUGGACAGAUUGCAGAGCUAGCUGGCAUUGGGGACGGAGCCCCUGGCACCCUGCAGGGCACCAAGCUCCCUGUGGAACCAAGAAAGAGGUAUGUGUACCAAUGGCACUGCCCCCAGGGACCUGGCCUGGAGACUCCACUCAUUGCAGACACCAGUGGAGCCUAUUUCCGCAGGGAAGGACUGGGAAACAACUACAUUGGUGGCUGUAGCCCAUCUGAGGAGGAAGAACCAGAUCCUGAGAACCUGAAAGUGGACCAUGCUUUCUUCCAGGAAAAGGUGUGGCCCCAUUUGACCCAAAGGAUACCAGCUUUUGGGACUCUUAAGGUUCGGAGCUCUUGGGCUGGCUAUUACGACUACAACACCUUUGACCAGAAUGGUGUAGUGGGGCCCCACCCACUAGUCGUCAACAUGUACUUUGCUACGGGCUUUAGUGGUCAUGGGCUGCAGCAGGCUCCUGCUGUGGGGAGAGCUGUGGCAGAAAUGGUGCUGGAAGGCAGCUUCCAGACCAUCAACCUGAGCGCCUUCCUCUUCAGUCGAUUUUACUUGGGAGAGAAGGUCCCAGAGGCUAACAUCAUCUGA